CUGACCGUUUGGAGAGAAAAAACGUUGAUCAGAUUUUUUGUUCCACAUACUGACCUUGUGGCCAUGGCGACAACUCCAAGCAGCAUCAGCAUCGCUGAGCCCAGCGCUGGCAACUGCACCAACUUGUAUGACCAUCGUGGAUGGGCACGUGUGCUCCUUCCUCUCGUUUACACUGUGAUUUUCAUUGUGGGUUUGUCAGGAAAUGCUCUGGCUCUGCAUGUCAUCCGGUCUAAUAUGAAAAAGAUCAACUCCACCACGGUGUACUCAGCCAACCUGGUGGCGUCUGACAUCCUGUUCUCGCUUGCCCUUCCUUUGAGAGUGAUCUACUACGCCCUGGGAUUUCACUGGCCGAUAGGUGAAGGCUUGUGCAAGGCCACGGCUCUGCUGUUCUACAUUAACAUGUACGCUGGGGUCAACUUUAUGACCUGCCUGAGCGUAGACCGCUUCAUUGCAGUUGUGCUGCCUCUGCGUUUCAGCCGUUUCCGUAAAAUUAAUCGUGUCCGGUACAUCUGCGUUGCUGUAUGGGUCUUGGUUCUGGCCCAAACUUUGCCACUCCUUUCAAUGCCCAUGAGCCAUGAGGAACAUGAUGGCUACAUCACGUGCAUGGAGUACCCAAACUUUGAGAUGAUGAAAAGCUUGCCUGUCAUGCUAAUCGGUGCUGUGUUCCUCGGCUACGGCAUCCCUCUGGUGACUAUCUUGGUUUGCUACUCGGCUCUCUGUAGCAAACUUCGAGAGCUUGCCAGAACAAACCAGCUUACAGAAAAGUCUGGCAUGAGUCAGAAGGCUAUCGGUGUGAUCUGUUGUGUGAUUAUGGUGUUUGUAGUGUGCUACAGCCCGUAUCACAUAGAUCUCUUGCAAUACAUGAUUAGAAAACUGGUGUACCACCCAGAUUGUGGUGAGCUGCAUGCUUUUCAAAUUUCCCUGCAUGUCACUGUCAGUUUUAUGAACCUUAACUCCUGCCUGGACCCAUUUAUUUACUUCUUUGCCUGCAAGGGUUAUAAAAAGAAGGUACUGAAACUGCUCAAGAGGCAGGCGAGCAUGUCCUUAUCCAGUAUGGUUAAGACCUCGCCGGAGGAAUUGUCUCGAGACGUCAUCGCCAACGAUAGAAUCCACAUGAACAGAGUCUCUCCGAGAGACAGGGGCAGCACCAUAUUGACUGACUGA